AUGCUAUUAAUUAGGGAAGCCAACCAAUUCAAAGGAUGAGUUUUUCUAUAUCUCCAAUUAUUCCGUAACAACACACUAUUCCCCACCACCUUAAUUCACUCACCCCUCUAUUCCCAAGAUCACACAUCAAAUACAAAACCACAAAUUCAAUAUCCAAAAACUAAAAAAUAGGGAAACCCAAUAAUUCCCAUCAUCCAAAUUUCACAACCUUAACAUGUCAGCCGCCGCAGCAGCCGCGGCCGCAGCCGGCGCCGCCGUAUCCUACCGGAGCAACUCCCCUGAAAACUACAACCAAACUGAAGAGUUUUCACCAUACACACCACCACAAACGACGCAAUUCUACCCUGUUGCUCGUCCUCGUUUUAGCAGGUACGAGUCCCAAAAGAGACGUGACUGGAACACGUUCUGCGUGUACGUGAAGAACCACCAUUCGCCAUCAUGUCACUGCGAUGGCGGCGAAAUCGUUCUGGGUUUCCUCCGGUACAUGGAUCAGUUCGGCGAAACCCAGAUUCACUCUGAGAAUUGUGAGUAUUAUGGGGAUUCGUACCCACCUGGUCCGUGUCCUUGUCCUCCGAAGCAAUCGUGGGAUGCUCUUGAUGGAAUCGUGGGUCGGUUGCUUGUGGCGUUUGAAGAGAACGGUGGGUCGCCGGAGAUGAACCCGUUCGGGGAAAGAGUGGUGAGGGAGUAUCUCAGGGAAGUGAGAGAUGCUCAAGCUAGAGCUAGAGGUUAUGAGAAGAAAUAAUUAGGUUUAGAUAACAGCAAAAUGGGUAGAUGAUGAUCAUGAUCAUGAUCUGGGGAUAAUGAUGGAGGGGCAAUUGUUUCUACAAAUUUUCUAGCAUUCUUUGGAUUAGUUUUCUUUUCUUUUCUUGCUAUUUUUCAGAAUCAAUUUUAUAUGAAACUGAAAAACUAAUGUGAGUUUCUGAUCAAAA